AUGGCCAUGAGUGAACUGGGCAUGCAGAAGACUGGUGAAGGCACUGUGUCUCGCCUGCUCAAUGUGGUGGAAAGUGAGCUUCAGGCGGGGAGGGAGAAGGGAGAUCCUACGGAGAAGCAACUUCAGAUCAUCCUGGAGGAUGCCCCACUCUGGCAGAGGUUCAAGGAAGUCACUAAUGAAAUGAUCGUGACCAAGAAUGGCAGACGGAUGUUCCCUGUGCUGAAGAUUAGCGUCACAGGACUGGACCCCAAUGCCAUGUAUUCCUUCCUGCUGGACUUUGUCCCGACAGACAGUCACCGCUGGAAGUACGUCAAUGGGGAAUGGGUUCCCGCAGGCAAGCCGGAGGUCUCCAGCCACAGCUGUGUCUACAUACACCCGGACUCUCCCAACUUCGGGGCCCAUUGGAUGAAAGCUCCCAUCUCCUUCAGCAAAGUGAAGCUGACCAACAAGCUCACCGGAGGUGGGCAGAUAAUGCUGAACUCGCUACAUAAAUACGAACCUCAGGUUCACGUAGUGCGUGUUGGAGGCGCCCAUCGAAUGGUCACGAACUGCUCCUUCCCUGAAACCCAGUUCAUUGCUGUGACGGCUUAUCAGAACGAGGAGAUAACAGCUCUCAAAAUCAAGUACAACCCUUUCGCCAAGGCCUUCUUGGAUGCCAAGGAAAGAAACCACCUAAAGGACAUUCCGGAGGCUGUCUCUGAGAGCCAGCAUGUGAGCUAUUCUCACUUGGGAGGCUGGAUCCUUUCCAAUUCGGACGGCAUGUGCACAGCGGGAAACACCAAUUACCAGUAUGCUACGCCUUUGCCUCUGCCUGCUCCCCACACCCACCACGGCUGUGAGCACUACCCUGGCCUCCGAGGACAUCGGCAGGCUCCUUACCCGUCUGCCUACAUGCAUAGAAACCAUGCUCCCUCAGUGAAUCUGAUAGAAAGCUCAAGCAACAAUCUGCAAGUUUUCUCGGGACCUGACAGCUGGACUUCCUUGUCCUCCACACCUCAUGCCAGCAUCCUGUCUGUACCCCACACCAAUGGACCAAUCAAUCCAGGGCCCAGUCCCUACCCAUGCCUGUGGACCAUCAGCAAUGGAGGCGGGGGCCCUGUGGCAUCGAGCCCAGAGGUGCACGCCAGCACCGCAGGAACCUUUUUCCUUGGGAACCCUGCUGUCACUUCAGCUUCCUCUGUGGUCCCCACCCAAGCAACCACUGCAGCCGGGGUGGAGGUCCUGGGUGAGCCUUCACUGACCAGCAUUGCUGUAUCCACCUGGACAGCAGUGGCCUCGCACCCUUUUCCAGGCUGGGGUGGCCCCGGGGGAGGAGGGCGUCAUUCCCCGUCUUCGCUGGAGAGUUAG